UCGACGUUAACAAAAAAAUCUAUAAUGGCUACACCGACAAUAUCCCUGUAGAAUAUGAUAUCAAAAAAGUAAAUAAAUCAAUUGGUAUAAUUAGACUUUAUAAUAAUUACAUAUUCAUCCAAAAGAUUGCA